AUGGCCAUCGCCUCUGCAGGCAACUUCCACCCGGACUUCCAAAUCAUUUGGGGCGACAGGCGUGCUAGGGUCCGUGACAAUGGGCAGCACCUUACCCUCUCCCUCGACAAAGCCUCGGGCUCUGGUUUCCAGUCAAAGAAUGAGUUUCUCUUCGGAAAGAUUGACAUGCAGCUCAAGCCUUAUUGCCUCCACACAACUUCUCAAGUUUGGGGUUUAAUUGGAGUUCAAAGAACUAGCGGCUUAAGCUUUAUCUAUGCUUGCAGUUGCCUUCACAAGUACCAACUCACGAUGAGAUUGACUCUUGAGUUCCUUGGGAACCUCAGUGGAGAUCCUUGUACGCUCCACACCAAUGUUUCACUCAGGGAGAGGGAGGAACAGGGAGACACAAGGACUAGACAUUGUUAA